UGUACAUCAUAAGAGACUCUGAGGGGCUCGGAUUAACGGGAUGACUCCAUCAGUAGCCCUGUGAACGAAGCAGUCCCAGAUGAAUUUGUGAUUCACGGUCUAGACAAGGCGGUCUGAGCUGCCAAGUUGAAGCUGGGCAAACCGAAGCAAAAAAAAGCCGUGUUGGAUCUUUGCCAGGCCUGGUGCUGAAGGAUAGCUGGAGAGCCCAAAUACAUUUUGGGCAGAUGCUGCCAGGCUGGCUACCAUAUCAUUAGUGGGCAUUGCUUUCCUUUUUUGUGAAAGAGGUUGAUUAUGGGUAAAGGACGUCAGGUCGCUUGCCUGAGUGUACUGUGGUCCUUAGUACUUGUGCGGGCGGCCAUAUUUCUUGGGGACAAAUCGAAGCGGUGUAGGCUUGUUUCUGAGCAAGCCAAAGCCUUUCACCAUAUUUCUUAUGGGUAUCCUGCUGUCACCAUUGCCCAACUGCGAUACAGCGAAGCACCUGUGGCCGCCAUCUUGGUCUCGGGUGGCCCCGAUUUGGGAGGUGGAAUAGGAGGAGAGAAGGCCAACCAUGCGGAAGUGACGCGCUGCGCCGCCAUGUCUUUUGAGGGCGGUGACGGCGCCGAGCCGGCCAUGCUGGCUACGGGCACGGCGCGGAUGGCGUCAGGGCACCCCGAGGAGCUGUGGGAGGCUGUGGUGGGGGCUGCCGAGCGCUUCCGGGCCCGGACGGGCACGGAGCUGGUGCUGCUGACCGCCGCGCCCCCACCACCACCCCGCCCGGGCCCUUGCGCCUAUGCAGCCCACGGCCGUGGAGCCCUGGCCGAGGCUGCCCGCCGCUGCCUCCAUGACAUCGCCCUGGCCCACAGGGCUGUGGCUGCCACCCGGCCCCCUGUGCCCCCACCAGCACCACAGCCGCCCAGCCCUGCACGGAGCCCACCCCAGCCUACCCUGGCCAGGGAGGAAGAUGAGGAAGAUGAGGAGCCAACAGAGACAGAGACUUCUGGAGAGCAGCUGGGCGCCAGUGAUAACGGAGGGCUCUUUGUGAUGGACGAGGAUGCCACACUCCAGGACCUGCCCCCUUUCUGCGAGUCAGACCCUGAGAGCACAGACGAUGGCAGCCUGAGUGAGGAGACCCCCGCCGGCCCCCCAGCCUACUCACUGCCUCCGGCCUCGGCCUUGCCCACGCAGCAGUACGCCAAGUCCCUACCUGUGUCUGUGCCUGUCUGGGCCUUCAAGGAGAAGAGGACAGAAGCACGGUCAUCAGACGAGGAGAACGGGCCGCCCUCCUCCCCAGACCUGGACCGCAUCGAGGCGAGCAUGCGCGCGCUGGUACUGCGGGAGGCCGAGGACACCCAGGUCUUCGGGGACCUGCCGCGGCCAAGGCUCAACACCAGCGACUUCCAGAAGCUGAAGCGGAAAUACUGAGGUCCUGGGAGGGAGCUUCCAGGCCCCGCGUCCGCCCUGCCGCACACUACACCCCAGCCCCGCCCCGGAGCCUGCCAAUCCGAGUCAGAUCCGGGACUGGCCUUCCCGGGACUGACCGGUCCCCGCCAUACGCUGCACCCUUUCAGCCCUCCCCUCCCUAUCCAGUUUCCUGAAUGGGUCUGUCGCCACCUUCUCAACCCAGCAACAGAUUCUAUUAAGGGAUUGGCCCGAUGGGCGACGUGGGUAGUUCUAAGCCCUAAAUGGGUCAACUCCGUCGUUUUCUGCUUAGUGACAAGGGCUCUGCUCGCGGGCAUUGGCCCCAUCCCUGGAAGACGGCCAAGCCCGAGGAUUGGGCAUUGGCACACUCCUUCCCCCCAGCGAAGUGGCAGCUCCUUCGUUUGAUUGGGUCGACCCCCGAAGGGCUUGACCAAUCCGCUGAGAGUCACUAUCCGCCCUUCCUGGGCUCUCCCAUCUGAUUGGCUUCAGCCUUGGGGCGUGGCUGAACCCUCCGCCCAGGAUCGGCCUGCGGCCUUAAUUUACGUUCUUUUACACUACUGGGGCUGGGGUCGUUUUUGACCGAGUCCUGACAAUUUGUCCUUCUGACCCCCUCCUCAGGGAUGGUUCAGACCUGUCCCUGCGUCUGAUGCCCUCUCAUUGGUUCCAUCCUACAACAGCCUGCCAAUCGAAGCCCGUCCUUGCGUCCUGGACGGCACCAGCCUCCCACCCCUCUCCCCCCACCCCAACAGGUGCCUUAAAGGAUCUUUGUCCACCCAAAGUUGUGGGGGGAUAGAGGCCCUCGCUCUCCGGCCCUGGUGUGGGGGAGAGACUGGGGGAUGGGGAUCGGGAGUUGGGAGGGCUAUCUGAGAUUAAAGAGUUUUACCUCUGACAAAUAA